UCUCUGUCUCUCCUCCUCCCUCCUCCUGCUCCGGGCGGAGCCCGGCAUGGGGGGGCCGGCGCCCGGCAGGCCAGUGGAUCCGGGACCCAGGGAGGGCCGUCCCCCGGGCCUGGUGGCGCUGAGCAGGGCCCCCCAGCCCCCACCUCCUGCCCCACGACAUGAACCUGCUGUACCGGAAGACCAAGCUGGAGUGGCGGCAGCACAAAGAGGAGGAGGCCAAGAGGAGCUCCAGUAAGGAGGGGGGUCCUGCAGGCCCAGCAGGGCCUGGGACCGGCCCCGGGCCCGGAGUCCGAGUGCGGGACAUCGCCUCGCUGCGUCGCUCCCUCAGGAUGGGGUUCAUGACGAUGCCUGCCUCCCAGGAGCACACCCCCCACCCCUGCCGCAGCGCCAUGGCCCCACGGUCCCUCUCCUGCCACUCUGUGGGCAGUAUGGACAGUGUGGGAGGUGGGCCUGGGGACGGUGGUGGGGGUCUCACGGAGGACAGCAGCACUCGAAGACCCCCAGCCAAGCCCCGGAGACACCCCAGCACCAAGCUCAGCAUGGCAGGGUCAGGGGCAGAGAUGCCCCCCAGCAAGAAAGCAGGCUCACAGAAGCCAAUCCCGGAGAGCCGAGAAUCUAGCCGGAAGGUUCCGCCACAGAAGCCCAGGAGAAGUCCCAACACCCAGCUCUCUGUCUCCUUCGAUGAGUCCUGCCCCCCGGCCCCCUCUCCUCGAGGGGGAAACCUGCCCCUCCAGCGCCUCAGUAGGGGCUCACACAUAGCUGGGGACCUCGAUGUGGGUGCCCAGGAGGAAGAGCCCGUGUACAUCGAGAUGGUGGGGGAUGUCUUCAGGGGCGGAGGAAGAAGUGGAGGGUGUCUGACCGGGCCCCCUCUUGGGGCUGGGGGCCCAACGCCUCCAGCUGGCCCUGACUCGGACUCUGAAGAGAGUGAGGCCAUAUACGAGGAGAUGAAAUACCCACUGCCCGAUGAGGCAGGGGAAGGCCGGGCCAAUGGGGUUCCCCCACUGACGGCAACCUCCCCACCACACCAGCCUCCGGUCCUUCAGCCCCACGCCCACCGCCGUCCUGCUUCAGCCCUCCUGAGCCGGAGGGACGGGACACCUACCAAGACCACUCUUUGUGAAAUCCCCCCACCUUUCCCCAACCUUCUUCAGCACCGCCCGCCUCUCCUGGCCUUCCCCCAAGCCAAGUCUGCUUCCCGAACCCCUGGCGAUGGGGUCUCGAGGCUGCCGGUCCUCUGCCACUCCAAGGAGCCAGCUGGCUCCGCCCCAGCUCCCCAAGUGCCUGCACGGGAGCGGGAGACGCCUCCCCCCCCACCGCUGCCUCCUGCUGCCAACCUGCUGCUGCUGGCACCGUCGGGCCGUGCCCGGAGCCACUCGACCCCGUUGCCACCCCAGGGCUCUGGCCAGCCCCGGGGAGAACAGGAGCUGCCUAACUCCCACAGCAUGAUCUGCCCCAAGGUGGUGGGGGCGCCGGCAGCCCCCCCUGCCCCUGCUGCCUUGCUCCCUGGGCCCCCCAAGGACAAGGCCGUGUCUUACACCAUGGUGUACUCGGCAGUGAAGGUGACCACGCACUCUGUCCUACCAGUGGGCCCGCCCCUGGGUGCCGGGGAGCCAAAGACGGAGAAAGAGAUCUCCGUUCUCCACGGGAUGCUGUGUGCCAGCUCCAGGGCUCCCGUGCCAGGGAAGUCCAGCCCCCACGGCGGGGCCAUGGGGGCAGCAGCUGGGGUCCUCCACCACCGAGGCUGCCUCACCUCGCCCCACAGCCUUCCGGACCCAACCGCAGGCCCCCUGACCCCCCUCUGGACCUACCCAGCCGCAGCAGCUGGGCUCAAGAGACCCCCUGCCUAUGAGAGCCUCAAGGCUGGGGGGGUGCUGAAUAAGGGCUGUGCAGUGGGGGUCCCACCCCCCAUGGUCAAGAUCCAGCUGCAGGAGCAAGGGGCCGAUGGGGGUGCCUUCGCCAGGAUUUCCUGUGCCCAUGUCAUCGCCAGUGCAGGGACGCCAGAGGAGGAAGAAGAGGAAAUGGGUACCACAACAUUUGGGGCAAGCUGGGCUCUGCAGAGGAAGGUUCUGUAUGGAGGGAGGAAAGCCAAGGAGUUGGACAAAGCCGAGGAGGGUGCCCGGGCCUGGAAUGGCAGUGCCGAGGGGCCAAGCAGGGUGGACGACAGGGGCCCUGUGGCCUCAGGGAUCCCAGUGAGGAGCCAGGGGGCAGAGGGCUUGCUGGCCAGGAUCCACCAUGGAGGGGACCGAGGAGGGAGCCGCACAGCACUGCCCAUACCCUGCCAGACCUUCCCUGCCUGCCACCGCAAUGGAGAUUUCACGGGAGGCUACCGCCUGGGGCGCUCCGCCUCCACCUCCGGAGUCCGGCAGUCCGCGCUCCACACGGCCCGGCCCUGCAGCCAGCCCAGGGAUGCCCCGAGCCAGACGCCCCCUGCACUGCCGCUGCCGCUGCCGCUGCCCCUGCCGCCCCAGCCCGUCCGCGAGCGGGACGGCAAACUGCUGGAGGUGAUCGAGCGGAAGCGCUGCGUUUGCAAGGAGAUCAAGGCGCGGCACCGGCCGGACCGAGGCCUGUGUAAGCAGGAGAGCAUGCCCAUCCUCCCCAGCUGGCGGCGGGGGCCCGAGCCCCGCAAGUCCGGCACCCCGCCCUGCCGCCGGCAGCACACCGUCCUCUGGGACACUGCCAUCUGAGGAGGCCGAGGCAGGCACCUGGACUGGGGAGUGGGACAGGGUAUGCCCGGUCUCUCCUGGGAGACUUGCCUUGAAAGACACUUGAAGGACUAGGUGAGAGAGAGAAAGCCAGCGAGUCCCGCCCGCCCUCUACGCUAACCUCCGGAGAUGGGGAGUCGGCCAGACCUGUUGGGCUUGGGGCGCCAGCAGCACCCUCAGAAAUUUGGGGCAAGAGGAAGGUUUGCUUGAGUUUGGGAGUAUGGCCCUCCACUGCUCUCCCCGCCCAUCGAGGUAGACCCCUCCUCCCGAGAGGACAAAGGCCAGGCCAGAGUCCAAGUAGUCGGGGCAGGAGGGAAGGGCUAGGGAGGAGGAAGGGGACUGAAUCAAAUGAGAGAGGGUAUAGCGAGCCCGGGAGAGCGGAGCUCUUUAUUAUAGAGUCAGCAAUGGGGAUGGGGUAUUUAUUUUGUUAUUUAUUUCAGUCUGGAGGGCAUUCCUGGGUCCUUCUUAACCUACUCCUGAGCAGGGAGUGGGGAAUUGCAGCAAUUAAGUUUGCACUCUGCCCUAUGCUUUAAGGCCCCACAGUCCAUGCCCACCCCAAAGCUAGGGAACCACCUGACCUGGGUGGGGAGUGGAGUGGGGUGAAGUGAGGGGCUCAGGCAAGCUGAGGGCAGCAGAUUCAGUUACAGUAUUUACAAUGUGCCAGAAUUUGUAGUGGCCUGCUCCAAAACAGGCACCUUAUUUGCUCUGGGGUGAGGUUCUAGUGCCAGAGAUGGGCAGGGUGAUGGGGAAGGGGGGAUAUUUUAGUGGGUGGAGGGGGGUAGGGUAUUUAUUUAAAUUUGGAAAAAAAAAAAAAAGGAGAGAUGUCAGGAACUUUUUUUUAAUUCCUUUCUUUUCAGAAUAAUAUAUUAAAAGACUAAUGAUCCUA